CUCAGCCUACUUCUUGCACACAAUCUUCUUGACAUCAAGGACACAAUAACCACACAGCAAGAUGUGCAAAGGAUUAGCAGCCUUGCCCCACACAUGUCUGGAGAGAGCCAAGGAGAUCAAGACCAAGUUGGGCACAUUGCUGCAGAAGCCCGACUCGGCUAUUGACUUAAUUAUCCCUUACCCAGAGAAGCCGGAGAAGCCAGCAAAGGCCCAGAAACCAUCUCCAGAGGAGGCUUGGCAGUGGCGCAACUCUCUAGAGAAACUCCUGCAAAAUCCCUAUGGGCUUGCCAGCUUCCAGACCUUCCUCCAAUCUGAGUUCAGUGAGGAGAACAUUGAAUUCUGGAUUGCUUGUGAAGACUAUAAGAAAAUCAAAGUGCCUGCUAAAAUGGCUGAAAAGGCCAAGAAAAUCUAUGAGGAAUUUAUCCAGAGUGAGGCUCCCAAAGAGGUGAACAUUGACCAUUUCACUAAAUCUGUGACCAUGAAGAAUCUGGUGGAGCCAUCUGUGAGCACUUUUGACCUGGCCCAGAAGAGAAUCUUCAUGCUGAUGGAGAAGGAUUCUUUGCCCAGAUUUGUGCGUUCCGACAUAUAUCAGGAGUUAGUAAAGUAGCAGUGUGGCAGAGCUGUGCAAGGCAUUGCUACUCCCAUCUGCAAGCAGGGCCAUUGCUUACUCCAUUUAUUAGUAACCAGUGCUUGUUAUUCAUCGUGGUGAUUGCUUUGCUUUAUACAUAUUCCAAGCUUCUAAAGUUCAAAGGCUGUGUUGUCAAAAGUCCUGUUUUGGUCUCUCUGCUGCUCCUUCCAGAUGAUUCUGUCAUACCAUUUUUACCAUUUCUGUUCCUCCCCAUCAAUAUCCCAAUUACAAAAAAGAGGUUAUAUGAGCUCUCCUAGAUACAGUACCACAAAUAAAUAUUUUCACAUACAAGGCCAAAUAGGCUCUAGAUCCUUUUACCCAUCUUGUUCUGAGCAGCCUAGAUUCAAGAAGAAUCUAGGAUAUGUAUCUCCAUUUGAACUGUCUGUUCUAAGAGAAUUAUUAUUAUUAGUAGUAGUAUUUUUAUUAUUACUAUUUAUUAGAUGUAUUAGUUGCUUGUUACCCAAAGGUCUCCAAGUGAUUUACAACUUGUUUUUAACAAUGUACCAUAUAAUAAUAAUAAUAAUAAAUUUUAUUUCUAGGCUGCCUAUCUGGCACAAGCGGCCACUCUAGGCGGCGUACAAGAUAAAGUAAAAUACAACAUACAAACUACAUAAAAACCCAAGAACUACAAUAUAAAACAAAACCGAACCCACCCAUAGCUAAAACCAAUGGCACCCAAAAGAAAAAAAAGGAAAAAAAAAAAGCAGCAAAACAAAAGACAAAACCCCAGGCCACCUCAGCCAGCCGGCUUAUGUAUCCCUCCAAAGAGGGACAGGUGAUGGAAAUUAGUCACAGCUGGCUGGGUACCUGGGACCUGGUCCUGCAGGAGGCAUGUCUGCCAGGCAGCAGUCCCACUGGGAAGGGUGGUGGAGGUGGUGUUCCAACAGCAGCAGCAAGAGCAGGCUCUCCUUCCCUGGGUGGCGAUGUUCUCCUUCUUCCUGCAGGCACUGGGUCUCCCAGGCCACCUCAGCCAGCCAGCUUAUGUAUCCCUCCAAAGAGGGACAGGUGAUGGAAAUUAGUCACACCUUACAAUUAAAAACAAAUAAAAACUAGAGUUCUAAACAGCAUAAUCUGUAGUUAUCUGUCAUUAAUAACUCAAUAGGUGACCAGCUUAUAAAACUUGUGUUUAUUAUCCCAUCAACUAUCAAUCACAAGUCAUUGACUUGUCAAAGAUAAGGAGGUUGUAGUGUCUUUUUAAAAAGCAAUAUGUUCUGCAGAACCCUAGUCUUAAAUUGGUGAGCUGGCAUCCGCUGAUGGGAUAUGGCCUGCCCUAAAGUGGGUUGCAGCAGCAGAACUACCAUCAUACAAUUAUAUGGUGUAAAAAUAAAAAGUGGGUAUCUAAAUAAUGCAUGUUUGGGCUAAAGGGAGAGUGGUCCCUCAUCUGAAAAGGUUGGGGACUGUUACUUUAGAAGACAGAGUCAGAACUGCAUAUGUCAUCCUGUUAUCUUUUAUACAUGGAUGGUUAAGAUAGCACAACUUAGCAAUAGAAAUAUAAGAAAGUAUGUGCAUCAGCCCGUAGAAACGCAAUUAGGUCUCUUACACCUUUUUACUUAAUUCUUUCACUAAGGUCCUAUUCACAUACUACCAUGUCAAAUCUUUGUUAUAUACAAGGGCAUUAUAUUACAGCAAUUUCAUCUGGUGAAUAUGUUAUUCGAAUAUACUGUUAUCUGGAAAGAGCUGGUAUUUACCAUGCCACAGUGAACCAACCAAUGAAUAAUACUGAAAAUACAAGGAAGAGUGUCUGCAGAAACAUUUUUUGGGGGGUAAGGUCUAUGAAUUACUACAGUUCAUUGGCAACCCACUCCACCUGCCAUUACAUUUAGAAAUCCAAGGAAAGGGGCAAAUGACCCCUUGCCUCCCCUCCCGGCAGACACCCUUUUAAUGCAAGCCCUUACCACAUAAGGGAGCAUUCAAACAACAUAUUUACCAUAUCAGAUUGAUGACAUAAAAAGCUCAUCUUGCAAUAAUGAGAUAUAUAUUUACAUGGGAAUGUGGGAAUCACACCUGCUGUUUUCAGAAAGAACAGCCAGGAGGUUGAUCAAGCUUCUUGUGGGCUACAUGUGGCUUGGUGGAUCAUAAGUUAUACAGUUCUGCUGUACUGUCAAGAAGGCUAAAGAGAAAGUGACAGGUUUUCAGGCAGUGGUUGAUGUCUCUCCAGCAUGCUGUGCUGCAGUUAAGGGAAGGGACAUGCAGAUUAUACCAUUUUCAAAAUACCCACCCCAGGUAGCAGUAACCAAAACAUCUGGAGAUGGAGAGAGGGAGAAAAAUAAAUCCAAUCAUCCCAGCCCAAACAGUGUGACUUGUUUAGCCAGCCAGGCCUCUUAUAUACUUAAAUUUUCUGCAUUAGCUUUAUUGGGUUAUAAUUUCUGUAAUGGACCUGCAUAAUCUCCAGUGCCUAUGCACAGCCAUAUGUAAUACUGCUGAAGAAUUAUUUUCUGAAUUGUGAUGAAAGUACCUGUAGUGAAAUCUUCUUGUUCUCUUAAUCAUCUCUGUAGCAGGCUGGGCAAAGUGAUAUUUCAUUCUAAACUUUAAAAUUAGCAUGUUAUUGGAAUACAUAUAACACUUUCAUCUAGAAUUCCAGCCUCUGAAGUUGCAUGGAAAUGGAAAUUCAUCUGAACCCAGAUGAAGAAAAUGAAUUUAAAUUCCAGAAAAUAUACCAGUGCUCAGAGCCGCCCCUAGACACCGGGAAGCGGGAAAGUUGCCCUGGGCCCCGUGCUUUGGGUGGGGCGCGCUUGGCGAUCUGCUCACCAGCCGGCUCCUCCCUCCCUGCCUGCUCGCCUUCACCAUGCCAGGCAGGGUGCAGUGCUCUCUCGCUCUCUUUCUCUCCACCCGGGACGGGCUCACUCGCCUGCUGCCUGCCUGCCCGCCAUGCCGAAGCCACCGCCGCCACCACCUCUUCUGCUGCGGUCAGCGAGCGGUAGCCGCCCCGGGGACAGCGAGCUGGGCUGGCAGUUCCAGGGCUGGUGCCUGUGCACCUACGGUGACUCAGCCAAGACCAAGACGGUGACCCGGAGCAAAUGUGGGGGGGGGGCAACUAUGCUUUUGCCCCGGGCCCCGCACAUGCUAAGGGAGGGCCUGCCAGUGCUAGACAUGAUUUUGCAGUCCAAGCCUUGCAUGCAUAGCUGCACAGAUAUUCUCAAUAGCACCAACCAGCUAUUCAGUAGGGGAAAAUGAUACUAAUCCAGUCCCCAACCCAAACAGCUAUCUGUGCUAUUCAGGGUAUCUGACCAGGGCUAUGAACACACAGAUACCUGCUAGUGGGAAAUUACAGCACCCAAACCUAAAUGCUUAACAAAACACAACAAAAAACUGAUUGUCAAACUCUUUUAACUUCAAGAUGAAAAGGAAAUAUAAAAUCCAGACAGCUCUGGCACGAUAGAUUUUGAUAGAUAGGGUUUGGUUCAUUAAAAAGCUAAGAUUUUCCUUAAAAAUAUUGGCUUCUUAUUGGUUAGAGUCCACAGGGGGGAGCUUAUUGGGUUUUUAAUGUUCUGUUUCAAGAUAAGGCUAGAACCAUUUCCGACCAAAUGUCAAGCCCUCCCCUGACCCAUUUAAAACCAGCCUUUGCCAAAGAAAAUGCCUUAGGACAGCUUGCCUGCCAUGAAGAAAGUCUUUGGUCUCACUCCAGUUUUAAGCUGGCAGGUACAAGUACAUGCUCAUUUUUAUCCUGCCCUAACCUUACAGUUUUCCACACAGUAGUAGGUCACUGUUCAUUUAUUAUCUUUCUUUACGGACAGGGGGAGCAUGCUGGAUGCUUACUCAUUUCACUCGGGCUUGAGCAGUAGAACUUUUUUUGCUAUUAUGCCCAAAUCCUAUUAUUUCUAUAUGGAUACAAAAGGGAAAAGUUAUAAUAAAGUGUUUAUAAGUAGCCUUAAUAAAAGGGUUGUCUGUUCUAAGGGUUUGAUUUAAAGUUUCAGGGUUUUAGCCUCGUUUGUAGGGUCUUCCAGGGGGAAAGACUAAAAUCUCAGAGUCAGUGAUAAGAUCGAAGGUUAAGAACUGCCUGGUUUUUGCUAUUUCCUUCACCCCACCAGCUUCCUCCAUGAUGAGGCCCCAGGCUCCACCAAGUGCAGCCCUUCAGUGGGCACCACCAAGCUCUGCCCCCACCAAAGUCUUUUCCUCUGACCUGCCAACUCUCACUACUUAUGUGUCUCAGACGCAACUGGGAACUGGCAAUUCUUCCCUUACCAAUCAUUAUGAUGGAAUUAAAUAGCUUUGCAAGUAUAGAUUUGAACUAUUACAUGUACCCAAAGUGCUAUAAGUUAGUGCUGGAGAAGAACUCUCCAUCAGCCUGGCCAUCAGCCUCCUCCACCGUUUUCUUAAAUUGCUCUAUAAACUUACUCUCCUCCAAGUAAAAAGCGUACUCACUUACAAGCUAAUUGAAAGCUGUCACUUUGAACGGAAAUUCCAAGAAAUAACUGAUCUAAGACAUUUUAAUAAUCGUCUUUUCCUAGGGAAAGAUAUGACAAUGAGUGAUUGAUCAACCAUGGUGUCUGGUUUUAGCCAAUGCUUUAUCCUGACCCAUCAGCCAUCUCCUGAUGUAGUAUGCACUUGUUUGGGGGACCUACAUGGGAAAAGCUGGCUUAUCCCCAGUGACCAGUUUUGGGAACACACUCUUCCUAGAGAUGCUGAUCACUGAACAAGCCAUCAAGACGCCUCUCCUCACCCUCCACUCCCAAGACAGAUUUUCCAGCAAGUGAGACACGAGGGAGCUUGCACGGCUGCUGCUAGGGCUGAGCCUGUUCAGCUUCUCUGCCUCUGAAGUUAUAAACAGCUUGAGCUUGUCAACAUGUUUAAUUCAGCAGCCUGUUCUCUUGGGUCCCGCAGCUCCAUGAGACAGCGUGUGACAUGCAAUGAAAUAAACAAAGGCUCAACAAACCUGUUACAAGUACAGUAAAAAAUAACUUCUGAAAAUUGUUUCCAUGGUAACUGCAUAAAAAUAUAGUGCAUGGCUGAAGGGUCAGGCUUGGCCUUUCCAGGAAAAAAAAACUUGUAAUCAAUUUAUUUUUAUUUUUUACCCUCAAGCAAAAACCAUAGCCCGCAUUAUGCUGUGUUUUUUUUGCUGCUUUCUCAGCAUAGGCCCGAUCUGCACAUCAAAUUAAACCACAGUUAAAAACAAAUUAUGGUUUAAUGUGAACAAGCAGCUUGCUAGUGCACACUGCUGAAAAGUUCUCACUCCACUCCUCCCUGCUUUUGCCUCACUGCCACAAAAGAAGCUAGAGUCUAGAGUUCAUAGUUUGUUUCUCUUGAAACAAACCACAAUCAAUAACCAAGGUUUGUCCUUGGUGUACUGCUCAUGGUUUGUUUGGAUGAAAAAAACCAUGAGCCAGUUUGGACAUCAUGAGAAAUCAGAUUCUGGCUGGUUUCCCACUGGCCACACAACAGCAGAAGCAGGAGAGAACUGGAACAAGAACUAGUCAUAUUAAUCCACAGUUUGUUUAUAACUAUGGUUUAUUGUGACAUGUAAACCAGACCAGUGAAUGUUAUAUAGAGCCAAAUUCUUCCACAGACCUAGAAAUGGAAAAAAAUGAUCUUAGGUAUGCUUUAUCUCCUAAAUGAGACUGGGAUCUUGCUGUCCAGUCUGUAUCACAACAUAAUCAUUGGAGAGCUUUCCCCAGUUCGUUACUGCAUUAUUUCCCAAAGGUCAUUGUGGAUCUUUGCACAUUCUUGGAUUGUGGUGCAUUCUGGAUGAUUUGGAGAAGGUCUGAAACUGUUGUGAAACUGUUGUGGCCUAGGAAAUUCUGUGCAAAAAGGAUUAGGAGUUGGACUGUGUGGGUUCAAUCUAGACACAUUACUAUCCCAAUGUCUUGAAGCAGUUUCAGCUUUCUUUGCUACCUAGAGUGAAGGAAAAUGAGUAGGAGAUAAGCAAGGGAUAUGACUCCCCCCCCAUUGUACAAGUUCCCACAACCUCUGGGACUUUCCCAACCCUACUAGGCUUCUACUGGGAGGAAGGACGGGAUAUAAAUCUAUAUAAAUAAAUAAUAAAUUCCAAACAUAAUGCAGUUAUUUGAGAUACUGGUUGAGUCCAGUAUCUAAGGAAGGAUGUAGUGUGUCUAUGACAGAUAAGCAAUUAGAACCCUAUGGAUCUCCAAUGCAAGUGUUUCUCAAGGACAUUGAAAUGUGUCACGGCCCAAGAGAUGCCUCUGGUUGACUCCUUUUCACAUUUUCAGCCUGAAAGGAGCAGCAUACAAGAGGUUCUCUCAAUUUUUCUUUACAUCAAUCCUGAGGGGCAGAUUGAGAGCGAGCGAGAGAGAGAGUGAAUGGCUCAAGGCUGCCAGGUGAGCUCACUGCCCAGCACCCUCGGCACUUAAACCCCACACCACUGCUUUUCAUUUCACAGCCUCUGUACCAGAAUGACAGCUGUGCAUCCGUGGUGCUUCCAGACUGUUGCUAUUUUUGAGUGGAUCCAAUCACAUACUGGCAAAUUCAGGUUGCUCAAUUAAAUUUGAUUUGGCACUCUUGCACAACAAACCGGCUUCCUCCCAGAAGCAGACUUUUUGUGAUAAAGGGAUGGAAAAGUGUGUUGGAAAGUAUGGGAUAACAAUUGCUUGACACAACAUCAUAUAACCUUCCCAGAAACAAAUCAGAAUGAAUGCUUAAUCAACAGCCAAUGUCAUCUAAUCUCCCCCAAAACUUUGUGCAAACAAAUCAGGAUGAAUGCUCAGGUUGUCUGGAAGUGACCUCAGAUUCAAGGCCUCGGAUUUGAAGCUUUAACUUGUAAAACCCCUGGAAUAUCUCAAUAUCACUUGUUUUUGGAAGGCAGUUUUUCUAAAAAUCUGUAAGUAUCAAAUGUAAAGAAAAAUAUUCACGUGAUGCUCAAUCAUGUAAAAACAUAAUUAGGUAAUCCAUUAUUUUUGUUGUGUGUGGGUUUCUCACAUUCACUCCAAAUCGUUAUGAGACACUCCGUGUCUGAUGUAUAAGAUGGUGAUGGAAGAGAUUAUCUUUCCUAUUGAACAUGUCAUAAGAACAUAAGAAGAGCCUGCUGGAUCAGGCCAGUGGCCCAUCUAGUCCAGCAUCCUGUUCUCACAGUGGCCAACCAGGUGCCUGGGGGAAGCCCGCAAGCAGGACCCGAGUGCAAGAACACUCUCCCCUCCUGAGGCUUCCGGCAACUGGUUUUCAGAAGCAUGCUGCCUCUGACUAGGGUGGCAGAGCACAGCCAUCAUGACUAGUAGCCAUUGAUAGCCCUGUCCUCCAUGAAUUUGUCUCAUCUUCUUUUAAAGCCAUCCAAGCUGGUGGCCAUUACUGCAUCUUGUGGGAGCAAAUUCCAUAGUUUAACUAUGUGCUGAGUAAAGAAGUACUUCCUUUUGUCUGUCCUGAAUCUUCCAACAUCCAGCUUUUGAAUGUCCACGAGUUCUAGUAUUAUGAGAGAGGGAGAAGACCUUUUCUCUAUCCACUUUCUCAAUGCCAUGCAUAAUUUUAUACACUUCUAUCAUGUCUCCUCUGACCCACCUUUUCUCUAAACUAAAAAGCCCCAAAUGCUGCAACCUUUCCUCAUAAGGGAAUCGCUCCAUCCCCUUGAUCAUUCUGGUUGCCCUCUUCUGAACCUUUUCCAACUCUAUAAUAUCCUUUUUGAGAUGAGGCGACCAGAACUGUACACAGUAUUCCAAAUGCGGCCGCACCAUAGAUUUAUACAAUGGCAUUAUGAUAUCGGCUGUUUUAUUUUCAAUACCUUUCCUAAUUAUCGCUAGCAUGGAAUUUGCCUUUUUCACAGCUGCCGCACACUGGGUCGACAUUUUCAUCGUGCUGUCCACUACAACCCCGAGGUCUCUCUCCUGGUCGGUCACUGCCAGUUCAGACCCCAUGAGCGUAUAUGUGAAAUUAAGAUUUUUUGCUCCAAUAUGCAUAAUUUUACACUUGUUUAUAUUGAAUUGCAUUUGCCAUUUUUCCGCUCGUUCACUCAGUUUGGAGAGGUCUUUUUGGAGUUCUUCACAAUCCCUUUUUGUUUUAAUAACCCUGAACAAUUUAGUGUCGUCAGCAAACUUGGCCACUUCACUGCUCACUCCUAAUUCUAAGUCAUUAAUGAACAAGUUGAAAAGUACAGGUCCCAAUACCGAUCCUUGAGGGACUCCACUUUCUACAGCCCUCCAUUGGGAGAACUGUCCGUUUAUUCCUACUCUCUGCUUUCUGCUUCUUAACCAAUCCCUUAUCCACAAGAGGACCUCUCCUCUUAUUCCAUGACAGCUAAGCUUCCUCAGAAGUCUUUGGUGAGAUACCUUGUCAAACGCUUUUUAAAAGUCUAAGUACACUAUGUCCACUGGAUCACCUCUAUCUAUAUGCUUGUUGACACUUUCAAAGAAUUAUAAUAAGUUACUGAGACAGGACUUUCCCUUGCAGAAGCCAUGCUGGCUCUGCUUCAGCAAGGUUUGUUCUUCUAUGUGCUUAGUUAAUCUAGCUUUAAUAAUACUUUCUACCAGUUUUCCAGGGACAGAAGUUAAGCUAACUGGCCUGUAAUUUCCGGGAUCCCCUCUGGAUCCCUUUUUGAAUAUUGGUGUUACAUUUACCACUUUCCAGUCCUCAGGCACAGAGGAGGACCUGAGGGACAAGUUACAUAUUUUAGUUAGCAGAUCAGCAAUUUCACAUUUGAGUUCUUUGAGAACUCUCGGGUGGAUGCCAUCCAGGCCCGGUGAUUUGUCAGUUUUUAUAUUGUCCAUUAAGCCUAGAACUUCCUCUCUCGUUACCACUAUUUGUCUCAGUUCCUCAGAAUCCCUUCCUGCAAAUGUUAGUUCAGGUUCAGGGAUCUGCCCUAUAUCUUCCACUGUGAAGACAGAUGCAAAGAAUUCAUUAAGCUUCUCUGCAAUCUCCUUAUCGUUCUUUAGUACACCUUUGACUCCCUUAUCAUCCAAGGGUCCAAUUGCCUCCCUAGAUGGUCUCCUGCUUUGAAUGUAUUUAUAGAAUUUUUUGUUGUUGGUUUUUAUGUUCUUAGCAAUGUGCUCCUCAAAUUCUUUUUUAGCAUCCCUUAUUGUCUUCUUGCAUUUCUUUUGCCAGAGUUUGUGUUCUUUUUUAUCUUCUUCAUUCGGACAAGACUUCCAUUUUCUGAAGGAAGACUUUUUGCCUCUAAGAGCUUCCUUGACUUUGCUCGUUAACCAUGCUGGAAUCUUCUUGGCCUUGGCAGUACCUUUUCUGAUCUGCGGUAUGCAUUCCAGUUGAGCUUCUAAUAUAGUGUUUUUAAACAACUUCCAAGCAUUUUCAAGUGAUGUGACCCUCUGGACUUUGUUUUUCAGCUUUCUUUUUACCAAUCCCCUCAUUUUUGUGAAGUUUCCUCUUUUGAAGUCAAAUGUGACCGUGUUGGAUUUUCUUGGCAAUUGGCCAGUUACAUGUAUGUUUAAUUUAAUAGCACUGUGGUCACUGCUCCCAAUCGGUUCAACAACACUUACAUCUCGCACCAGGUCCCGGUCCCCACUGAGGAUUAAGUCCAGGGUUGCCGUCCCUCUGGUCGGUUCCAUGACCAACUGAUCUAGGGAAUAGUCAUUUAGAAUAUCUAGAAACUUUGCUUCUUUGUCAUGACUGGAACACAUAUGCAGCCAGUCUAUGUCCAGGUAGUUGAAGUCACCCAUUACUACCACAUUUCCUAGUUUGGAUGCUUCCUCAAUUUCAUAUCUCAUCUCAAGGUCUCCCUGAGCAUUUUGAUCAGGGGGACGAUAGAUCGUUCCCAGUAUUAAGUCCCUCCUGGGGCACGUUAUCACCACCCACAACGAUUCUGUGGAGGAGUCUGCCUCUUUUAGGGUUUCGAGCUUGCUGGAUUCAAUGCCUUCUUUCACGUAUAGAGCGACUCUGCCACCAAUACGUCCUUCCCUGUCCUUCCGAUAUAGUUUAUAUCCAGGGAUAACCGUAUCCCACUGGUUUUCUCCAUUCCACCAGGUCUCCGUUAUGCUCACUAUAUCAAUGCUCUUCUCUAAGACCAAGCACUCCAGUUCUCCCAUCUUGGUUCGGAGGCUCCUAGCAUUAGCGUACAGGCACUUGUAAGCAGUGUCUCUCUUCAAGUGUCUUUGGCACUUGUGGUUAGGCCUGUGGUAAUUUUGCUCUUCUGAAUUUAUAUCCUGUGCCCCUACUCUCACAAUGCCUACUUCUAGGCCUACCCCUUUUAAAAUUUCAUCAUUUCUUUGGUUUUUAUCCCAGGGGGGAGGUUUAUUCCGAACCGGACCUUUCUCAGCUCCUGUCGGGUUUCCCCCCUCAGUCAGUUUAAAAGCUGCUCUGCUACCUUUUUAAUUUUAUGUGCCAGCAGUCUGGUUCCAUUCUGGUUCAAGUGGAGCCCGUCCCUUUUGUACAGGCCCGGCUUGUCCCAAAAUGUUCCCCAGUGCCUAACAAAUCCGAACCCUUCUACCCGACACCAUCGUCUCAUCCACGCAUUGAGACGGCGAAGCUGGGCCUGUCUGGCUGGUCCUGCGUGUGGAACCGGUAGCAUUUCAGAGAAAGCCACCUUGGAGGUCCUGGCUUUCAGCAUCCUACCUAGCAACCUAAAUUUUGCUUCCAGGACCUCACAGCUGCAUUUCCCCAUGUCCAUACCUUGUCAUGCCAGUAGUUAUCCAGUGGCUUGAUUGGGCCAAUCAAAAUAGUGAACAUUCAUUUUGCAAAGCAUCAUCACUUUGUAAAGAACAGGAAGUGUUUGCAACCCAAAAAUUGAAUGAAUAACCAGCUUCCUGCAAUCAGUUGAUAGAUACUGAAGUGAGAGCUCUGGCACUUCAUACUUACAUUUAGUAUCAGCAUUAGGGGCCUACCUUGAUUGCUUGUGCCAUUCUUCAGUUCUGCCACAACAAAUGCAAAAUGUAAUCUCCUUUUAGACACAUUUAAACAACAUUCCAGAGAAGCUAGAUUGUUAUAAGUCACUUCAUACCACAGAAGGCCUGUCAAAUGCCCAGUAUUUCUAAUAAAGUACAGUUGUGCAACAUCCUCUGUUUAAUUUUUCUGGCAUGCAGAUCAGGAGGAGAGAAAAAAAAAACAGAUUUUUAAUUACUAUUAUUUUAUUUUAUUUUAUUUUUGGGGCCUGCUACAGAGAUGUUGAGAUUGUGAUAGCUUUAUUUUCAGUUAAGUUAUAUAUUUAUCCUACUUUAAUAUUAAACAAUGCAUAAGUUAUUAGUAGUAUAUUUAUAUUCAUUAUAUUUCUCCAUUAUUAUCUACAGGCUCAUACAUAAUCAUUAUAAGCAGAAUCCACUCUAAGGUUCUCCUGCACAAGCCCCAUUAGAAUGAAUGGAACUUAAUAUGAAUUAAAGUCUUCUGAGACUCAAUUUCAUUUGAUUGGGGGUUAAGCAGGAGAAGCUUCCAUUGAAUCUUUCUUUCCUAAAUAUAUAUUCUAUCCUAGAAUGUUGUGAUUUGUGUUUGGAUUAAAUAGACUGAAUGGCUACAAAUCUGAAAAAUGACAAGUUAAAACUAUUUACUCAGCUUUUUAUCCAGUAUGAAAUAAAGUGUCUCACUAGUC